AUGUGCGGUUGCGGCUUAGAGAAGAUGCAACGAGUGAUAAAUGUGUCGAACGCACCGCCGGUGUCCAUUCAACGAAAAGGAAGUGGCUGUUGGGAAAUCAAGCAAGGAUCUGGAGGACUUGUCUCAUGUGUAGACCCGGUGAUGUCUGUAGACAAGGAGAACAUAUGGCUUUCAAACCUGGGAAUUAACAUCAAGGAAGAAGAGCAAGAUGAGUUGGUGAGUGUUUCCUCUUUAAAAAAUUCCAACUCCGCGACACUGCUUUCGUUGAGGUAUGAUGUACAUCCACCUUCAACCAAUUCCCUCGGUCUUCCUCUUAUCAAGCAGGCGAGAGCUGGUGAAAUUUUCCAUGUACUGGAGGAGAAUGAUAAAAAGCAACAACUUACGGACAGGGAGCAACUUGUCGAGCAAGACAUGUCUCUCUUGUCUGUUUUGCACGACUACAAUAAGACGAACUACCAGUUGAAUCCUGUUUUUGUAAGCCAAGAAGACUACAACGCAUACUAUGGUGGCAUCAGCAAUGGUUUACUGUGGCCUGCUUUGCACAAUCUUGCUGAGUAUAUUGUCAAGGAAUACGAUGAUCCUGCUACUCUUCGCGAACAUUGGUGUGCCUAUGUACGCGUAAAUUACCAAUUUGGUAUAAAUGCCGCUAGAAACAGUCGUCCCCAAGAUUUUAUCUGGAUACACGACUACCAUCUCAUGUUGACUGGACAAAUUAUGCGGAGUUUAGACAGUAAUCUUGAGGUCGGAUUUUUCCUACACAUUCCUUUCCAACCGCCACCAAAUUUCAUGACAAAGUAUAAAAUAGUUGCCGAUCCCAUUCUUCGAGGAAUCCUUCGUUUUACUAAGGUUGGUUUCCAAACACAUCGUGAUCGUGAGCGAUAUGUUCAAAUGGUGAGAGAACACAUUCCUAGAGCCAGAGUACACUUCGAUUCUAGGAUCGAUAUUUUUACUGUUACUUACGAGGGCUGGACGUGUUCACUGGGAGUGUUCCCUGUAUCUAUCAAGAAUGAGGACUUUCUUUCAAUCGCCAAUGAACCACAGUGUGCUAUUGACGCACAAGAGAUUCGAAAUGACGUUCUUGGUAAUAGCGGCCCAGGUGGAUGCUUUUUCUUUUCGGUAGAAAGAUUUGAUUACACAAAAGGCAUCAUGGAGAAACUGAAAGCUUGGAAAAGGUACUUCGAGAAGCAUCCUGAACGGAAGGGGCUAGAUGUGUUGUAUCAAAUCGCUGUGACAAACAGGCGUGCUGUGGAAUCGUACAAAAAAUAUCAGGACAGCUGCUUGGCUCUUGCGAAGGAGAUCAAUGAAACCGUCAGAUGUGAGGAACAUCCAGAAUGGAAACCCUUACGAUUUGACACAGAUGGCCUGCAGAGAGCACGACUAAUAGCUCACUAUUUGGCAAUGGAUAUUGGUGUGGUUACGCCAUCAAAGGACGGUAUGAAUCUGGUUGCCAAAGAAAUGAUGGUGUGCAAUCCGUCAGCCUCUCUUGUGCUUUCCUCUGGAGCAGGAACUGAGGUUGGACUUAAUUUGUAA